UGUCUCCACUCCCCCGUUCCAUCCGUCUCCCUCCGCUUCCGCCACCACCACCCCACCCCCCUCCCCGCGGCGGUCGCCAAACCCUAGACUUCUAGACCCAUCCCACGAUCCCUGGCGGGCUAGGGCGCCGCCCCACCCAUCCCGCGGCGAUGCCGCUGUUCAUGUCCGAUGAGGAGUUCCGGCUCCUCGGCGGCGACACGGCCGCCGUCGCCGAGCGGGCCGACGCUGCCAUCCGCGAGCUCCGGCGCCAGGUGGACACCGUACGCGCCGAGGCCGACGCCGCCGCGAUCGCGGCCGAGCAGACCUGCGCCCUCCUCGAGCAGCGGUACGCCUCCCUCUCCGCCGAGUUCGAUCGCUCCCAGGCCGAGGUCGCCGAGCUCGCCGCCUCAUCCGAGCGCCGUGCCGCCGAGCUUGCCUCUUCCCAGGUGGAAAUACAUCAGCUCCGCAUCCAGGCGAUUUCUAAGGACGGCGAGGUGGAGAGGCUGAAAGUUGAAAUCUCGGAGCUGCACAAGUCGAAAUGCCAGUCGCUUGAGUUGAUUGAGCAGAGGGAUGCAGAGAUUAAAGAGAAGGAUGAGAUAAUCCAGAGCUACUACGAUAAGAUAGUAAAUCUUGCAGACACUUCUGCUGGUAAAGAGGCUAGGAUACAAGAGGUUGAAGCUAAGUUAACCCAUUGUCAGGCAACAUGCAACCGCAUUACCCAGGAGAAGGAGCUGCUUGAAAAGCAUAAUCUGUGGCUUGAUGAAGAACUGAAAGCAAAAGUUAAGAACUUAGCUGAACUAAGGAAAACAAAUAUGGAUGAGGAGGCUAGGAUGUCAGCUAAAAUAGCAGAGCUUGAAAGAGAGAUUUCUGAAUCAUCUAGUUCCUCGAGGCGAAGCAAAGAACGGAUCUCUGAACUAGAGCAAAGGGUAUCCUACGUGGAAAAGGAGUUGUGCUCAACAAAGGACACUGCAGCUGCUAAUGAACAACGUCUUGGUGCUGAGCUUUCAACAGUCAUGAAACUUUCUGAACUUUACAAAGAAAGUUCGGAGGAAUGGUCAAAAAAGGCUGGGGAGCUGGAAGGUGUUAUUAAAGCAUUGGAGACACAUCUGACCCAAGUUGAAAAUGAAUACAAGGAAAGGCUUGAGAAGGAGACCUUAUCCAGGAGAGACCUUGAAAAGGAAGCUGCCAACUUGAAGCAGAAGCUUGAAAAGUGUGAAUUUGAUCUGGAGAAUACAAGGAAGUCCAGUGAAUUGAGCCUUAUUCCAUUGGCCAGCAUUGCAGCUGGAUCUGCUGAUUUACUAGACACAGCAAUGCAAGAACUGCCUAUUUCUGAUGCAGUGAAUCAGAAUGACCUAAUGAUUGUUCCAAAAGUACCUAGUGGUGUUUCUGGAACUGCAUUAGCUGCUUCUCUUCUUCGUGAUGGUUGGAGUCUUGCUAAGAUCUAUGAGAAAUACCAAGAAGCUACUGAUGCUUUACGUCAUGAGAGGCAUGGAAGGAGACACGCUGAAGCAGUUCUGGAAAGGGUCUUGCAUGAAAUCGAAGAGAAGGCUGAACUUAUCCUAGAUGAACGAGCUGAGCAUGAGAGGAUGAUUGAAGCUUAUGCUCUAAUGGAUCAGAAAUUGCAGCAAUCAUUGCUAGAGCACGAUAAUUUUGAGAACACUAUUAGGAAUCUAAAGUCAGAGCUAAAAAGGCGGGAACGUGAUCAUAGUAUUGCACAGAAGGAAAUAGAUGACCUGCAGAAACAAGUCGCUGUUCUUUUAAAAGAAUGUCAAGAUGUACAGCUUCGUUGUGGUUCUAGCCUUCCAAAUGUAGGUCAAGGUGUUGUUUCUGCGAGAAUAGGCAAUGGUCUUUCCAAUGUAGAAGACAAUCUUAAGGACAAUAUGGCGUUUAAAGAUAUCAAUGAGCUAGUUCAGCAAAAUGUUCAACUUCGAAAUCAAGUUCACAUGCUCUCGUCUGAUCUUGACAAAAAGGACAUGGAACUUCAGGAGAGCUUCCAAAUUGAGUUGAAGAAAAUUACAGACAAUGCUGCUUCCAGAGUUGAAAAAGUGAUGAAGAAAUCUGAAGAACAAGCAAUAAUGAUUGAAUCUCUUCAUCGAUCCGUGGCGAUGUAUCGGAAGCUGUGUGAGGAACAGCAGAAGACUCGUUCGAAUCUUGAAUCAGUACCCAAUAAUAUGCAAGGUAGCGGCAGAACGGACCUGAUGGUUCUAUUUGAAGGAUCACAGGAAGUCUCGAAGAAAGCUUAUGAGCAAGUCUGUGAGCGAGCCAGAAUCAUCGAUGAAGAGCUGACUAAGUUGAGGACUGAGCUCGUGUCUCUGCGGUCUGAGCGUGAUAAGGCAGUCCUUGAAGCUGAUUUUGCUCGGGACCGGCUUAAUAGAUUUGCAGCAGAGCUUGAGCAUCAGAGGAAGGAAGCUAAUUCCAUUUCACUCAGAAACGCGGAGUUGAUGCAUUUGAUAGUUGAUUACGAAAGAAGGCUCCGUGAAGAUUCAGAUUCUAAGCAAGCUGUAGAGGAGAACUCAAGGAAGCUGUCAAUGGAGGUGUCCAUUUUGAAGCAUGAAAAGGAGAUUCUAGUAAAUUCAGAGAAAAGAGCUUUGGAUGAAGUCCAUGGUUUGACGGAGAGAGUGCAUCGUCUGCAGGCUACAAUUGACACAAUACAUACCACCGAGGAGGUUAAAGAGAAUGCAAGGUCUAUGGAAAGGAGAAAUCGCGAGGAGCACAUUAAGCGUCUUGAAAGAGAUUGGGCUGAACUUAAAAAGGAGCUUCAAGAGCAGCGAGACCAUGUUCGCGUUCUGACGCUUGAUAAGAAAAAUGCAUUUGACAGCUGCAUGAAUCAGGUAGAUGAUAUGAGAAAGGAGCUACAGAACUCAUGGAAAGCUGCUUCUGAUGCUGAAUCAAAGGCUGCCAUUUUGGAGGCCAAGUGUUCUGAUUUAGAGGCAAAGCUGAAAUCUAGAAAGGUCAUGUUUAGGGAUGGUGGUCAUGACAUCUCAGCUGCAACUGAGGAGAAUGAUGAGGUAUUCCGGUUGAAAGAGGAGUUAGAAAAAUACAAAGAGGACUCACAAGCAAAUAAGAAUUACAUGGUUCAGUACAAAGAAAUUGCACACUCAAAUGAAGUUGCGUUGAAGCAAUUAGAAUCUGCCCAUCAGAACUACAAGACCGAGUCCGAGGCUUGCAAGAAAGCAUUGGAAGAUGAGAUUGCUAAGUUGAGGGAUAAGUUGUCUGAAAUGGAGAAGAGCUAUGUGAUGAAGUGUGAAGGAGCUGCUAACGGGAUGGAAUCUAAAGAGAAGCAAAUCACUUCUCUCAUGAAUGAAAUUUCAGUUCUAAGAACUGAAGUUUCUCAGAGAGUAUCACAUAUAGAAAAUUUAGAGAUUGAAUUGGCUUCCUCAAAGAGUGCACUUGAUGAGCAGUAUAAGCGUUGGCGAACCACUCAAGACAAUUACGAACGACAGGUUAUCCUGCAAUCUGAGACAAUACAGGAGCUGACAAAUACUUCUAAGCAGCUAUCUUCAUUGCAGCAUGAGAUCACUAUGCUUCGUCAGACAGCAGAUGCACAAAAGGCUGAAAAUGAUGCUCUAAGAACAUUUGGAGAGCAAGAAAAGGUAGUAUUAUUGAAAGAAAAGGACGAGGCCUUGCGGAAGUAUAAUGAGAUAAAUGAUCAGAAUAGAAUUCUACUCAAUCAACUAGAAGCUUUGCACAUUCGGUUAGCUGAGAAAGAACGGAGUAUUGCUGGGGUUUCAUCACAACGUACCGACUCACAUGCUGAAGACGAUCUACAUAGUGUCAUCAGCUACCUGCGCAGAUCGAAAGAAAUAGCAGAAACGGAGAUAUCAUUGUUUAAACAGGAGAAGUCACGGCUUCAGAUAGAACUGGAAAGUGCAUUGAAGUCUGCCAAGGAGGCACAGGAAUUGCUGCGCAGUCAGGCUGAUAGUGCCAGAACAUUAAUGUUUAAGGAUGAAGAGUUCAAGUCACUGCAGCUCCAGGUGAGAGAAAUUAAUUUGCUUCGUGAAAGCAACAUACAGCUUAGAGAGGAGAAUAGGCACAAUUUCGAAGAAUGCCAGAAAUUCCGUGAUGAAGCCCAAAAGGUUAAAAUGGAAUCUGAGGUGUUCGGUAACCUUUUACUCGAGAAGCAGGUAGAUGCUGAAAUACGCCAAAAGGAACUAGAAAUGCAGAAGACAGAAAUAGCAAAUCUCAACCAAAGGAUUUCUGAGUUGGUUGAAAAUAACAAAGGCAUUGAUUUGGCUACCUACGAGGUCAUGAAGGAUGAGCUUCAAAAUAUCAAAUCAACCUUGAGAGAGAAUUUAAUUGAGCUUGAAAGUGCAAAAACUCUUCUUUCCGAGAAAGAAGUUAUCAUAAGAAAUUUGGAGGAGAAGCUUGCUGGAUGUCAGUCUGAAUUGGAUUCCAGAGAAAAGAAGCUGAAUGAUGUAGAGGCUUCCCUGAAAUCUGAAAUUGACAAGCUAAGGAAGGUUAAUUUCUCCUUUAAGAGAAAACUUGACAUCUUGAUGAAGGAGAAGGAAGAGGUCAUCAAAGAAAAUCAAAGCCUUUUGAAGCAGAUGGAGGAUCUUAAAUCAAGUCAGAAGACAACGUCGGAAACUACACUUGAGCAGGCUAUAAAAGAAAAGGAUUUCAGGAUACAGACAUUGGAAAGAACCCUGGAGAAGGAGCGAGAUGAUAACAAGAGAGAAAAAGCAACCCGCAAAAGGGCUGAGAAAGUCUUUUCGACCGCUGUUCAAAAUGCAGUGCAGGAGAAGAAACAAGUAGAAGAGUCUAUAGAGAAGCAUAAGCAGGCUGUGAAAGAUGUGAUUGAGCAUUAUCCUGGAUUAUCAUCUCAAGUGCCACCUGUGUCUGCACUGGAAGAGCAAUUUCUUUCAUACUUCCGCACGGCUAAAGAUGUGGUGGAGUUUUCCAGUCCCUUGCGUGAUGGUGCAACAACUCAGACCCUAGUUGUUGAAACUGCCGCUGUGGAUGCACCUGCUGCAGCUACAGGACGACUGGUAGAUACUCCACCAAGGCCUGCUAAAGUUAAAAUGAUGGAAGAGAGAGCAGUUGCUACUUUACCCAAACCAAGUACUGAAGUACGUAGACCAGGUGGAAGAAGACCCCUUGUUCGGCCUAUUCUUGAACGAACUGAAGAACCACAGGCUGAUACCGAUGCAUCAGCUGUCGAGGGUUCUAUAGUUAGUCAAGACAAAGGUGGCCCAUCAAUAGAACGUGAAAUUUCUGGUGGUGUACCGAUGUUACAGCCUUCAAGUCGUAAGCGUCUUACCUCGUCUUCUCAGAUGAUAGACAAUGUCUCAUCUGGUGAGGCUAAUGAUGCCAAUCCUCCAUUAAAGAAGCCCAAGGAGGAAGACUCUUCACAAGGGACUAGUGAGCUCAAAAAUGGUCAACCACCUGUCGGAGAUGUUGCGGCACAGGUUGCUGUGCUUCCGUCAACUGAUGACCAAGACGGACAACAGCCCACAGAAGAGAUGGACACUGAUCAGGCUUCUGUGCCAAUUGAAGAGGCUGAGACAACAAGGGAAGAUGAUGUGGGUGAUAAAGAUGACACGGGGGCACAUGUGGAUGCAUCAAUGGACAUCAAAGGCCAGGAUACUGAUGUUAGUAUUGACAUCAAUGCAACUCCCGUAGAAGAUGUGCUGACCAGGUCAGAGGCAUUAGCGGAAUCAUUUGAAGAGGACCAGAAAAUCGAAGAUUUGAAGGAAGAUGCUCAGCUUACUACUGCAACAGAUGUUGACGAUGAGAUGGAGGAAGGAGAGUUGCCGGAGGAACCUGAACAACCUCUAGAAAGUACUGCACUGGGAGAAACUCAUAGGGAGCCUUCGGAUAUUGGUGAGCAAGCUGGUAAUGUUUUCAGGGCAGCAUCUCCAGGAGGGCCAACAGAAAAGAGUGAUUUUGAAUUGUCAGAGACUGGGGAAGGUGAUACUACUGCUGAACGUCCUGUAGUAGAACCAGACCAAAGCCUGAUUGCGCAAUCAGGAGGAGCAGAUGCCUCAUCAAGCAGAACAGCAGAUCUAUCCCCUGCACGUGAACCUUCCCCUAAUCCAGUUCAGGUUGGUGCAUCUUCUGAACAGCGGAACACCAGCACUGUAACGGAGGGGCGUGAACCUUCCCCUAACCCAUCCCAGGCUGGUGCAUCUUCUGAGCAGCGGAAUACCAGUACUGCAUCAGAUGGUUCUGAAACUCGUUCCAGAACAAUCAUCUUAAGUGAGAGAGCCAGGCAAAACAGGCAAGCAAGGAUUCAGCGCGCUCAACAGCCUGCCAGGGGUCGUGGCCAACAAUCUCUUUCCCAUAGGGGGAAAGAUGCUGCUGGCCGAGGAUCACGGGGACGUGGUGGGCGUGGUCAGACCUAGGGAAUGACCGUCUUACUUGAGAGCAGGGAUAGUUUUGUCCACGGACAUGCUGAAAUUGUCGUGUAAUAUCGUUGUCCAUUUGUUUUUGUGCACCAAUAAUCAUGACCAUAUAUGCUGGCACCUGGCAGAUUGUUCUGCGAAUUCCGUGUGGCUGAGUGCCCCAUAUUAAAUAUGCCUUAACGUUGCAUGUAGAUCGCCCAAUGACCCUGAUUGUUUCAUUAAUAAUCUUAUGCUUUCUCAUCAAA